AUGCAGGCUCUCUUGAAUGUCAAGGCUGAGCUUGAGAGAUCAAAGAGCUCGAUUGCUACACAGGCGCAGAUUGCAUCCAAUAAGGUUCGUGAAGCGGAGCGAGUCAGGCUGUCAGCUCUUCAGGAGGCUGCCUAUCUGAAAGCAAAAAUGAAUGCUAUGCAGACCGGUGAGAUGUCUGAAUUAGUCGCAACAGAGUCAGCAAGAGCAAUGGAUCUGGAAAAGAGGCUCACUGCGGCUUUAGCACAACUAGAUCAAUACGAGGCUCGGUUUGUGCAAUACGAGACCAUUCUAGAACAUGAAAAGGAAUCGAGACUGGCAGCAGAAAAUCGUGAAAAGGAAGCCACUUCAAGAGCUGAAGAAGCUCAAUUGGCCCAUACACGGGCUCUGAACGAUUUGAGUACACUUCAUGAGCGCGCAACUGUGGCGGAGGCAACCCUACGUGAGACAGUGGCCAAGAGUGCUUCUAGUGAGGCAGGCCUUUCA